AUGGGGCGCAAAAGUGGCAGGAGUCUUAAUCCAGCGGAUCAAUACCGCAAGGAGCAGCACAAGAGGGAGAUCAAAAAGAACAAGCAAGAUCGUAAAAAAGUCCGCGAACUUGGAACCGUACUCAGGGAUACAACGACAGAGGGUGAUCUUGCAGAGUAUGAGGAGCUGGAAAAGAAUGGCAAACUAGACAAGGAGGGCGCCAAAAAGCUGGCAGAGCUGAGAGAAAAGAUGACCAAGAUCAUCGAGGUCAAGAAGGCGCACGGAAUCAAAAUCAAGCCAAAAAAAGUGGAAGCGCCGAAACCAGUGUCAGUGGAUGAACCAGUGCGGGACCCAACACGCUCGAUUUACUAUGACCCUGUGUUGAACCCUUUCGGAGCACCACCUCCCGGUCAACCUUACCUGGAAUAUCCGCCACUACCACCGCCCGAGGUCCCUCUAGGACAAGGCAUGGCACCAGGAUUGGAUCAACAGCAGCAGCAACAAAAGCAAUCAGAGGACGGCUCGGGAUCUGAUUCGGACGACUCUGGUUCGGAUUCUGAUUCUGAUUCUGACUCGGACUCGGACACAAGUUCUGGAUCGGAAUCAGAAGAUGAGGACGAUGAGAACUACAUGCCACCUCUUCCCGAAGGAGCAGCGCCCACAAAGCAAGACCAGGACAGAUACCUCGAACCCACAAAGGCAAAGCCAAGCAUCGACAUGCGGAUACAAUAUCAUCAUCAGCGACCACAUAUGCAUGGAAUGCAACCCCCAAGAUUAAAGGAAGUCCUCCUAUGGGAUUUCAGCCACAGUAUGGGAACGUAUACCCGCCAGGACGGCCAGGACCUGGACAAGGACACCCACCAGGAUAUGGGCCUCCAGGAUAUGGGCCUCCAGGAUAUGGACCGCCUGGAUAUGGACCUCCAGGGUUUGGGCCUCCAGGUGGUGGCUUCCGUGGCCCUGAAGCCCCUGGAGGAUUUGGAUCGCCUGGGCAUCACCAACGGCCGCCUUAUGCCGGACUUCCACAUACCCCACGACCCUCUCGACCUCCUUCACAGCGCCCUCCACCCAGGUCAUCUUCCACCGGACGAAAAGGAGAAGAAACGCCAAGAGGAGAACAAGGAAACCAGCACACCUGCAGCUCCCCAUCCUCUUCCCCCAAAGCCAACGGCCGCUCAAGUUCUUGCCAAGCCAGCUGUUGUUGCAGGACCAACGAGUAUUUCAGCAGAACCUCAACUUCGUAACCUACAGAAGGAGCUGGUUCAUCUCGUGCCUUCGGCUAUUAUGCGGAAACGAGUCACUCAAAAGGGAAAGAUUGGCAGACCUGUCAAUGCUGCACCGGGUAUUGAGGAAGACUAUCAAUCAGCUACCUCUUCUUCCUCCGCAACAACUGCAACUGCCACAACGACGACAGCAUUAGCUUCGCAAGGAUCAAGCGAAAACUCGCGUCAGAGUGAGAAGGCGGAGGAGGAGGGACAUCGGGAGACGGCGUUAGGCCUGCGACUUCCCAAGAUCAAUCUGGCUCCUAGUGUUCCCAGCUUUCUAUCGUCGAGCCGAAUGGUGAUUAAUAGCGCGCCCGAGGUCCCAGCAGCGCCUGUUGACAAGGUGGCCAAGAAGAAGGCCGAGUAUGAUGAAUUCAUGCAAGGGCUUGAAGGUGAUGGCCUCUUGUAA